GCCUUAGCCACCCCCUUCCCGGGCGCGGGCGGUGGUGGUGAGCCAAGGGGUCCCGUCGCUUUGCUGGUGAUUAUGCAUGGUCGGCCCCGGGCCGCUGGUCAGAGCCCUUCGUCCGGAGGCCGUCGAGCGGGCAGCGAGCCCUCCUGCGUCUGUCCUUCGGCUGAUGUCCCCGCCGUCCCCCGCCUAGGCUAGAGUGAGCUGAGAGCCCGCUUCUCGGGAGGGUGAAUCGACAGCCAUGUAUUUUCUCAGCGGUUGGCCCAAGAGGCUGCUGUGUCCUCUGGAGUCCCCGGAGCAACCUCUUCACAUCCAGACGGAUCCCCAGAGAGCUUUCUUCGCAGUGUUAUCCCCAUCUCAGCUAAGCAUCUGGUACUGCAGACCCAGUGUAUUAAUCGUAAGUUACAAGGAACUAUCAAAAGCAGCUUCUCAGUUUGGACCUUAUAAACAAGCAGAAUGGCGGCCUGACAGCACCAUGAUAGCUGUUUCAACUGCAAAUGGAUACAUCUUGUUUUUUGAAAUCCCAUCAGCAAGAGACAAGUAUCUUUAUGAGCCAAUGUAUCCCAAAGGAAGCCCACAUCUGAAGGGAACCCCACAUUAUAAGGAAGAACAAUGUGCUCCUUCAUUAAAUCUAGAAAUGAAGAAAGUGCUGGACUUGCAAGCCUCUAUCACAAGUUUGCAGUCCAUGUUAGAGGAUCUACUUGUUGCUACUGCUGAUGGAUUUCUCCAUCUCGUUCACUGGGAUGGUAUGACCAAUGGAAGGAAGGCCAUCAACCUAUGCACAGUUCCAUUUUCUGUGGAUCUGCAGUCUUCUCGAGCAGGUUCAUUUUUGGGCUUUGAAGAUGUUUACAUCAGAGAUAUGGAAUACUGUGCCACGCUUGAUGGUUUUGCUGUUGUUUUUAAUGAUGGCAGAGUUGGUUUCAUUGCACCAAUGUCAAGUAGAUUCACUGCUGAGCAGCUCCAUGGAGUUUGGGCACAAGAUGUGAUUGAUGGAACUUGUGUGGCAGUAAAUAACAAAUACAGGCUGAUGGCAUUUGGAUGUGCCAACGGCUCUGUGCAGGUUUAUACGAUAGAUACCACCACUGGCGCCAUGCAGUUUUCUCAUAAAUUGGAGCUGACACCAAAACAAUAUCCUGAUAUUUGGAAUAAAACAGGACCUGUUAAACUAAUCAGAUGGUCACCUGAUAGCUGUGUUGUGAUGGUGACCUGGGAAUGUGGAGGCUUGUCCUUAUGGAGUGUUUUUGGUGCUCAGCUUAUCUGUACUUUAGGAGGUGAUUUUGCGUAUCAGUCUGAUGGUGCCAAAAAGGACCCUCUAAAGAUCAGUUCUAUGACCUGGGGAUCAGAAGGGUAUCAUCUGUGGGUUAUUGAUGGGAAUUCUUCUUCAAACAUGAAGCCUGAAAGAGAUGCAAAUAAUGAAGCUCGCCAGUUUGGUAUUCUGCAGUUUCAUUUCAUCAAGAGUGCACUCACUGUUAAUCCUUGUAUGAGUAACCAGGAACAAGUCCUCCUUCAAGGAGAAGAUCGCUUGUAUUUGAACUGUGGAGAUGCAACACAGGCUCAGAGUCCCAGAAAUACUUCGCAGGGUUUAAGCACUUUACUAGGACACAGGCAUUGGCAUGUUGUACAGAUUCAUAGUACGUAUCUAGAGAGCAACUGGCCUAUAAGGUUUUCAGCCAUUGACAAGCUUGGACAGAAUGUAGCUGUUGUUGGCAAGUUUGGUUUUGCACAUUAUUCUUUACUCACCAAAAAAUGGAAGCUGUUUGGAAACAUUACCCAGGAGCAAAAUAUGACGGUAACAGGUGGCUUAGCAUGGUGGAAUGACUUCAUUGUUCUUGCAUGUUAUAAUUUAAAUGAUCAUCAGGAAGAGCUGAGAAUCUACCUGCGAACGUCUAAUCUUGACAAUGCAUUUGCACACAUCACCAAAGUGCAAGCAGACACAUUACUACUGAGUGUCUUCCGGGAUAUUGUAAUAUUGUUCAGAGCAGAUUGUUCCAUUUGCCUUUACAGUAUUGAGAGAAGGCCUGAAGGUCUUAACCCUACUGCCAGUAUCCAAGUUCUUCAAGAAGUGUCCAUGUCUCGGUACAUUCCUCAUCCUUUUCUUGUAGUGUCUGUUACGUUGACAUCGGUGAGGACAGAGACUGGCAUCACCUUGAAGAUGCCUCAGCAGGCUUGUGAGGCUGAAAGUAUUAUGCUAAACUUAGCAGGACAACUUAUCAUGUUGCAAAGGGAUCGAUCUGGACCCCAGAUACGAGAUAAGGAUAAUAACCCUAAUCAAAGGAAGCAUCUGCCUUUUUGUGCUCCAGUUGUCCUAGCCCAGUCUGUUGAAAACGUAUGGACUACUUGCAGGAUUAACAAACAGAAACGCCACUUAUUGGAGGCUCUGUGGCUCAGCUGUGGUGGGGCAGGCAUGAAAGUCUGGCUUCCCCUGUUUCCCAGAGAUCAUCGAAAACCGCAUUCCUUUCUGUCAAGACGGAUCAUGCUGCCUUUCCACAUCAACAUAUACCCAUUGGCUGUUUUGUUUGAAGAUGCCUUGGUUCUUGGUGCUGUUAAUGACACUGUGCUCUAUGACUGUUUAUACACUCAGACCAGUGCUAGAGAACACUUAGAGGUUCUCUUUCCUUUCUCCAUUGUUGAGAGAACCUCUCAGAUCUACCUCCAUCACAUUUUACGCCAGCUCUUGGUUAGGAACCUCGGUGAACAAGCCUUGCUUUUGGCCCACUCCUGUGCCACAUUACCAUACUUUCCUCACGUACUAGAACUGAUGCUUCAUGAAGUGCUGGAAGAAGAAGCUACCUCGCGGGAACCCAUUCCCGACCCUCUGCUUCCCACUGUGGCGAAGUUCAUUACAGAGUUCCCCCUCUUCCUGCAGACAGUUGUUCAUUGUGCUAGGAAGACAGAAUAUGCCCUGUGGAAUUACCUUUUUGCUGCUGUUGGAAACCCAAAAGACUUAUUUGAAGAGUGCUUAAUGGCCCAGGACUUGGACACAGCUGCCUCUUACCUUAUUAUCCUACAGAAUAUGGAAGUUCCAGCAGUUAGCAGACAACAUGCUACUCUCCUAUUUAAUACUGCCUUAGAGCAGGGAAAGUGGGAUCUUUGUCGUCAUAUGAUCAGAUUUCUUAAAGCCAUUGGCUCUGGAGAAACAGAGACACCUCCAGCUACACCAACAACUCAGGAACCUAGUUCAAGUAGUGGCUUCGAGUUCUUCAGACAUCGCAGCAUUAGUUUAUCCCAAUCAGCAGAGAAUCUCCAUAGCAAAUUUAACUUGACAAAAACACUGAGUAUGCCCUCUGGCCCAUCUGGAAAAAGGUGGAGUAAAGACAGUGACUGUGCUGAGAACAUGUACAUUGACAUGAUGCUCUGGCGACAUGCCCGGCGUCUGCUGGAAGAAAUCAAGCUGAAAGACCUUGGCUGCUUUGCCGCACAGUUAGGCUUUGAGCUGAUUGGCUGGCUGUGCAAGGAGCGAGCCAGAGCUGCCCGGGUGGAGGAUUUUGUGUUUGCUUUGAAAAAGCUACACAAGGAUUUCCUCUGGCCGUUUCCAGUCAUACCGGCUUCGUCCAUUAAUUCACCUUUCAAGAAUGGAAAGUACAAGACAGCCAUGGGGGAGCAAUUGCUAAAAUCUCAGUCUGCAGACACUUUUGUAAACAUGGAAAUGGACACAGGGGUUUCAAACACACCUCGGAGUCGCAGCUGGCUUGGCGCUAUCAGCUCCUCUCAGAGAGAGAUUGACACGGUUUCAUCCCAUGGACCACACAUGCAAGAUGCAUUCCUCUCUCCUUUGCUAAGUAAAGGUGAUGAAUGCAGCAUUGGUUCAGCAACAGACCUGACUGAAACAAGUUCUAUGGUGGAUGGUGACUGGACCAUGGUGGAUGAAAACUUCUCCAGUCCAAGUUUAACUCAGUCAGAGCUUGAACAUAUCUCUCUAGAACUGGCUAGUAAAGGGCCACACAAGUCACAGGUCCAGCUGCGGUAUUUGCUACAUAUCUUCAUGGAAGCAGGAUGUCUGGAUUGGUGUAUUAUCAUAGGCCUUAUCCUCAGAGAAUCCUCAGUAAUCAACCAGGUUUUCAGUAUAAUGCAGUCCUCUGAUACUGAUGGAGAAAUCUGUCAGAAUAUCAAGACUGGCCUAUAUGCUGUUGACAAAUGGGCUUCUACAGAUUGCCCUGGGUACAAGCCAUUUCUAAGUAUCAUCAAACCACAGAUCCAGAAGCUAAGUGAAAUAGCAGAAGAACAAGUACAACCUGAAGCUUUUCAGCCAGUGAAUCCUUCUAAGGUUACCGAACAAGCGAACCCCAGAGCUGAGGAAAGCAGGACUUCGUCUAGCCAUGGCACUAAUCCUCAGAGUGAUGCUGGCAACAGCAAUGCAAGCAGGCAUGAAGAGGACAAGUCUAAGCCAGAGGACGAGGAUUCAUUCCAAGAAGGCAGUUAUGACUGUAUUGUGUCUUAAACAGAAGGCAAACAACUUCCCAAGCAUCAGGUGUGAAAGGAAGCAAAACCAGCUCUUAGACAUGCUUCCAUGUUUUGGAUUUGAACUAUUUUUUUUAUAUAUAUGUUUCAAUCUUUGAAAUCUUUAGUGGGGAUAAAUAAGCAGCAGUUUCAUCUAAUAAUUUCAAAAGGAGGCAAGAUUUUUUUUUUUUUUUUAUGCAAUCUUCAGACUGCAGCUUUAGGUUUUGAUACUUUUAAAUAGAGUUGAGAGACAAUGAAUACAUAUGGAGACAGGUUCAGCUAAUGUUCAUCAGUACCUUUACAUCACUAACAUGUGUUCUGGAGAAACUAUCUCUUGCUUGAGUUUAAAAGUCUGAGAGGGGAUUAAAUUUAAAAACUGUUUUCCUUUGCAGCUUGCCUGCCUAAGAAAUGUCUGAUCAAUGCAGUUCAGAUUGGUUUGAUAUCGAUAUUUUGUAUUAAAGGACUGUAAAAUACAUUAUAUGUUUUUGUGAAUACUCUUGUACAAAUACUUAAGGUUGUACCAUAUUUGAAGGUACCAAUAUGUAUUGUGCAUGUUUCUAGAUUACUAGUAAAGUUAAAGCGGAGUUGCACUUCUUUCUGGAUGAGGCAUACUUUACUGACCUAACAUUGACACAAGGUGGCUUACCUGUUUUUUACUGCCCGUUACAGAUCUUGUAGUUGGGUUUUAAGGGAUUGGUGAAGGUUAUUUAUUUCAUUGUAAAUUCUUUUCUGAAAAAUGGAUUUUUUAAAUGUAAAUAAUCAUCAUAUACUCUUGCUAUGGAAAACUAGUUUAACAGCUCAUACUUAGACAUUUUUCAAACAUUUUAUAAUAAGUAUACUUGUAACUAAGACAUUUAACUUUCAUACGAUGUUAUGGAAAGCUGGCUGCAGAAGUCUGUUGCUUUGAGGUACUUACUUUUUCUAGCUGCUGUCCCUAUGUAAUAACUACCUGUAACAGUAUUAAUUUAGAUAUUAGCUUGUUUGUACUGUGCAAUCUGAACAAAAAUGCAACAUUAUUCAUUUUAUAAAGAAAAAACAAACCUAGUUUAUUUUGUAUAACAUCACUUGAUUACUGACAUGGACCAAACAAGUCAUCAUAGGGUAGUUACAGCAUCUGUUGCUAGUUUUCUAGUGUAGUUACUAAACGCACAUCCAUUUAAACUCUGAAAAUUAGAAUAUUCACAAUUAAGUUGAAAUACAUUGUGGUUUAUCAUCUUUAUUUCCUUUGUAGAUAAGAUCAAGUGCUUUAAAAUGUACAAAUAUUAAACUUUUGCUUUAGAAUGGCUUUACUAAGCCAAUACAACCAGUACAAGUGCAAUAAUUGCGAGCAUUACUUGGAGAGCUGGAGAUUUUAGUGAAUGCAGCUUGAAUUUCCAUUUAAGAGUUGAAACUAAUAUUGAAGUUAUAGAACAGAAAUCCAGUUCAAGAGUCCCAGCAUUAAGCUUAGUCUGCAUUGUAGCUACUGGUUACAGAUAAUGUCUAUCGUACCUACAUACCAUACAACCUACCUGUUGUGAUCUGACUUCAAAAUCCAUUAUUGUUAUAAGGGGAUACUUAAGAGCUUUUUUUAUGAUAAAAAAAAAACCUGCUUAAUCUAUGUUAAAAGAAAUAAAAAACUGUGCUUCAAGUUAAUACUUUUUUCUGUGGUUCUGUGGUAAUGAUGUAAGCCAAGCCCAUGUGGACCAGCCUUCUGCUGUUCAGGUUUUGGAUCUGUGCAAGUGAACACAUACGUUAACUGACAUACUAACAUUUUUAGUAUUAGUAUCUUACUGCUGUGCUACUGUUGUUUAGCAGUUAAAUCUUUUUAGUUGUGAAUUUUAGAAGUUUGUACUUAUUUAGUAGUAAUUCUCUCUAUGCAAAUCUUAUGUGCUAAUUUUGUAUUUCAAUUUCACUGCUGUUAUAACCUGUAAUUAAAAGACAAAUAUGUUCACUUUUACUUCAAGUUACUCCUGUGGAAAAUAACUAUUUCUGACUUCAAGCCAUGGAGAGUAAAUUGCCAGAAUUCAAGUGGGUUGUCUCAGAGAAACAAAGCUCUCAAAGAAACUACCCUGUGAAGACUGGUUUAGUUUGCCACGUCACACCCCUACGGUCUAUUUUACAGGAUGAAGGCAUCAAGCUUCUAAGUUAAAAAUUACCUUAUUAGUGCAUCUUUGAAGUUACAUCCACCUGUUGUUUUGAAAGGAGGUGUAUUGGGUUUAGGUGGCAAGGGGGGCUGCAGGGGUGGCCUCCUUGAGUAGAGCCCAGCAGCUGCCCCUGUGUCAGACACAGCCAGCUCCACCAGACCAAACAUGGGACACAGCUGAGCCCACCAGCAAAGCAGGUGCCUCCUCUCUGGUAAUAUAUUUAACUAAGGGUUAAAAAAAAAUGCUGUGCAGCAGCUGGGCAAGGGAUAAGUAAGCGAGAGAAAAAAGAUGUGAGGAUGAGUCCUGCAGACAGCCGUGCCCAUAAAGGAGAGGCAAGAGGAGGUGCUGCAGGCACUGCAGCAGAGACCCCCCCGCAGCCUGUGGAUCUCUGCAAGGGAACAUGUUAACUGACAUACUAACCUUCUUACUAUUCGUAUUCCACUACUGUGCUACUGUUGUUUAGCAGUUAAAUCAUUUUAGACCAUGGUGAAGCAGGCUGUCCCCCUGCAACCUCCCUGUGGAGUGGAUAUCCGCACUGUAGCCUAUGGAGGACCCCACACCAGAGCAGGUGGAUGAGCCAGGAGGGAAGCUGCAGCCCAUGGAAAGCCCAGGCAGGAGCAGGUUUUCUGGCAGGAACUGUGGCCCAUGGGGAACCCAGGCUGGAACAGUCUGAUCUGGAAGGACUGCCCCGUCAUGAGGAGGAUCCGCAUUGGAGCAGUUCAUAAAAGACUGUAUCCUAAAGGAGGAACCCCAUGCUGGAGCAGGGGAAGAGCAUGAAGAGGAAGGAGCAGCACAGAGGAGCUGUUAUGGACUGACCAUGACCUGACCCUCAACUGACCAUCCCUAGUGAUCCCUCUGCACCACUGUGGAAGAGGAGGUAGAAGAGUGACAUUGAGUCUGGGAAGAAAGGGGAGGUUGGGGAAGGUGUUUUUAUUUUUCUCUUUGUUUGUUGCUGU